UCCUGCUGAGCCCCGAGCGCGUGCACGAGAUCUUCAAGCGCAUCUCGGACGAGGAGUGCUUCGUGCUGGGCAUGGACCCCAAAUUCGCCCGGCCCGAGUGGAUGGUGUGCACCGUGCUGCCCGUGCCGCCGCUGUCCGUGCGCCCGGCCGUGGUCAUGCAGGGCUCUGCCCGCAACCAGGAUGACCUGACCCACAAACUGGCCGACAUCGUCAAGAUCAACAACCAACUGCGGCGCAACGAGCAGAACGGGGCGGCCGCGCACGUCAUCGCUGAGGACGUCAAGCUGCUGCAGUUCCACGUGGCCACCAUGGUGGACAACGAGCUGCCCGGCCUGCCCCGGUUCCACGUGGCCACCAUGGUGGACAACGAGCUGCCCGGCCUGCCCCGGCGGCUGCAGUUCCACGUGGCCACCAUGGUGGACAACGAGCUGCCCGGCCUGCCCCGGUUCCACGUGGCCACCAUGGUGGACAACGAGCUGCCCGGCCUGCCCCGGUUCCACGUGGCCACCAUGGUGGACAACGAGCUGCCCGGCCUGCCCCCGGCCGUCGUCAUGCAGGGCUCUGCCCUCAACCAG